CUAGGUAAAUCGUAUCGAACAGACCAAUCAGCCGCUGAGUUGUCAGAUCACAUUUCUGGGGUCAUGAAAGGAAAUCUUGAUGAAGAUUUAAAGGAUGCUAGAUAUUUGUCAGUUUUAUGCGAUUGCAGCACCGAUACCAGUGUAAAAUCACAAGAAUUAUUUUACGUGUUAUAUGUGAAUAAGAACGGUCGUAGUACUUGCAAAUUGAUGUCGGUUGAAACAGUGGAAAACGAAGAUGCUGCAGGGCUGAAGGAAGCUAUGAAAGAAGCUUUUGCCCGUUUUGGCAUUACAAACUUUGAAUCGAAACUAGCUGCAACUGGUCUAGAUGGGGCAAGUGUUAAUAUGGGGAGAAAUACUGGUUUAGCAGCUCGUCUAAAAGAUGUCGCUCCUUGGCUCACUGUAGUCCACUGCUUCAAUCACCGUCUAGAAUUAGCUGCUGCCGACGCAUUCAAUGCUACGUUUUUUGCACAAGUAGAUGAAAUAUUGCGUCAACUGUUUUCUCUGUACCAGAAGUCACCCAAGAAACUGAGAGAGCUGAAAAAACUAGCUGAAGUGUAUGGAGAAACUGUCUAUAAGCCCAUCAAAGCAAGUGGGACAAGGUGGAUAGAUCACAAAGUGCGCGCCACGAAGGUUUUCCUGGAGAACUACGGCAUGUAUAUGCAGCAUCUUGAACAGGCCGCAACUACUUCACCUGAUGCCCAAAAGCAGAAGAUAAAUGGCUUCCUAGCUAAAUGGAAAGACGCUCGUUUCCCAAUGUAUGCUUCUAUCUUUGUGGACAUUAUUGGUCCUUUGCGUGUUUUGUCUCUUGGACUACAAACUGACGAUAAUGAUCCAGUUAAAGCUUUAAGGAGAAUCAAGGAAUUUGACUGGACUAUGGUCAAGCUUCAAGCUAGUACAUUUUGAAAGGCUACUUUCGAUAAAUUUCGGAAGGAUUGCAAACCUACUGGUGAC